CUACCCCACCUACCACUGAGCCUAGCACUUACCGCCAAGCCUCUGGUAAUAGUUUUUGGUGUCAGGCUAUGGAUGAGGAGUUUAUUGCUUUGAAUGAGCAACGUACAUGGGACUUGGUUCCACCACCCAAGAACCGCACUCUGAUUGGUUGCAAAUGGGUGUAUCGCAUUAAACGGAAUGCUGAUGGAUCUGUUUCAAGACACUGCUCUCGUGGGACUAUUGUUGUCCUUGUCUAUGUUGAUGAUAUUGUUCUCACUGGCAGCUCUUCUACUCUCAUCUCAGAAGUUACUCAGGCCAUGCACCGUGACUUCAAGCUCAAAGAACUUGGACCUCUUCAUUACUUCCUUGGC